GCCCGAGAUAUGGCAAUGGUAGUUAGCAGCUGGCGAGAUCCGCAGGAAGACGUGGCCGGAGGAACUCCAAGCGGCCCGAAUCCAGCAACCCAGCCGACGAGAGAGCAGCAGCAGACGGCGUCGGCAGCACCACUUACCCCGCAAACCCCCAGCCAGCCGGGACCCCCGUCAACGCCGGGGACCGGCGUCGAAAAGCAGACGCAACAGAAUUCAGGUCAGACUCCACAGCAUAUUGAAUGUGUGGUCUGUGGAGACAAAUCCAGCGGAAAGCACUACGGCCAGUUCACCUGCGAGGGCUGCAAAAGUUUCUUCAAGAGGAGUGUCCGAAGGAACUUAACGUACACAUGCCGUGCCAACAGGAACUGCCCCAUUGACCAGCACCACCGCAACCAGUGCCAGUACUGCCGCCUGAAGAAGUGUCUCAAAGUUGGCAUGAGGCGGGAAGCGGUUCAGCGAGGAAGAAUGCCUCCAACCCAGCCGAACCCAGGCCAGUACGCGUUGACGAAUGGGGAUCCCCUGAACGGCCAUUGCUAUCUGUCUGGAUACAUCUCGUUACUGCUGCGGGCCGAGCCUUACCCGACCUCCCGCUACGGCAGCCAGUGCAUGCAGCCCAACAAUAUCAUGGGCAUAGAGAACAUCUGCGAGCUGGCAGCUCGCUUGCUCUUCAGCGCCGUGGAAUGGGCCCGGAACAUUCCUUUCUUCCCCGAUCUGCAGAUCACCGACCAGGUAUCCCUCCUCAGGCUGACUUGGAGCGAAUUGUUUGUGCUGAACGCGGCUCAGUGUUCCAUGCCCCUCCACGUGGCCCCUCUACUGGCAGCGGCAGGCCUCCACGCCUCUCCCAUGUCAGCGGACCGGGUUGUGGCUUUCAUGGAUCACAUCCGAAUCUUCCAGGAGCAGGUUGAGAAACUCAAGGCCCUGCACGUCGACUCGGCAGAGUACAGCUGCAUCAAAGCCAUAGUGCUCUUCACAUCAGACGCUUGUGGCCUGUCAGAUCCCGUUCACAUCGAAAGCCUGCAGGAGAAGUCUCAGUGUGCCCUGGAAGAAUAUGUGAGAAGUCAGUAUCCCAAUCAGCCCAGCCGCUUUGGCAAGCUCUUACUGCGGCUUCCUUCGCUCCGCACCGUCUCCUCGUCGGUCAUUGAGCAGCUCUUCUUCGUUCGCUUGGUAGGUAAAACCCCAAUAGAAACCCUCAUCAGGGAUAUGUUGUUGUCCGGGAGCAGCUUCAACUGGCCUUACAUGUCCAUCCAAUGAUUACAUUGAGAACAAAAAACAAGCGAAAAAGAGACUGAGGCUGAGAGGACCAAAACUAACCACAGCAACCAUAAGAAAAAGGUACAACAACAACAACAACAACAACAACAUUUACGGAAACCAAGAACUCGAUAGGAUAAAAUAUAUAUAUAUACAUAAAAAAGAAAAGGACUUCAAGUGAAAACUGAAAGGACCUCAUUAUUAUCUGUGAACGUUGUUUUUUUUUUUUUUUUAAUGGCGAAAGGACCUUGAAGAUCUUUUUUGUGGACUGAGAUGGAUAUAUUCUGUACAGAAAAAGGACCUGGACUGACUCCUGUGUAGAUCCACUCACUUACAAGAACAUUGCUCUUCAUUUUGUUAAAUAUUAGUAUUAUUUUCAUUUUUUGUAAAAAAUAAAAAAAAAACAUCGUAUGCGCAUUAAAAAGAAUCAAGAACUUAGCGGAAAAAUAACAUUUCCAAAUAAUUAUAUAAAAAACAAUAAUGUCCUGUGUUUAUGUAUCUAUAUCUGUUUUGUAUUUUUUUCUGGUUCCAAACCAGUUUCCUGUGAUUCUAUACUAAUAAUUUUUUUGAUAUAACCUUUUGCUUCUUAUAAUGAGUGCGAUAUAUGUUGUCGAAGCUAUGUUCUCCAAGAAUUAAAAUUGAAGUGAGAAUUUAAAACUAAAAUAAAGGAAUUUAGAAAACUGAAA